UCAGCUAGCGAUAACGCCGAAUUGCUAACCUUUUCGCUAGACUUGACUAAAAACAAUAGUGAAAAGUCAUCUUUAGGAUAGACACGGUAACUGCUGCCAGCGGGUCAUGCAGCUCUCUCAAAGGUAAUGAGCCGUAAAACUCCAGGGUCUCGGCUCAGCGGCGCCCACAAACUGCAGCCACAGUGGAAUGACUGGGAGGCCAGAGUUGACAGCGUGUCAUCCAGCCAGGACGGAGUGAAGUCCAAAGAACUUGGUUCAGAAGUGUUGUAUGACGCAUUACCCUCCAGCUUCCCUAAACUGCCUGCAGUGCCCAGUGAUGCCUACAAUGCUGAAGAUCAAUACCAGGAAGAAGGUGGAUAUGAAGCUGCUCAAGGUGUCUGUGAUACUGCUUUUGGUUGGAAGUCGCUGGGGCAAGAGUUGAGGCCUAAUGACGUGACAACGGAUUUGACUCCUUUUCAGCAUGGAAACCGUGCUUUAGCUUCAAAGGAAAUGAGGAAAUCACAGGACAGAGGUGCUCACUCAGAGGAGUCUCGGCUGGCCAACAUCCUGCGCCGCAUCUCCAGGGAGGACGAUCGGGACCGCAGGCUGGCCACCCUCAAACAGCUGAAGGAGUUCAUCAACCAUGGAGAGAGCAAAGUGACCCUGGUCAAACAGUUGGACAACAUCCUCAGCAUCUUGAAUGACAUAUUGAAUGAGAGCAGUAAGCUCCUGUGGGAGUUGCGACAGGAAGCAGCAGCUUGCCUUGGGCUCCUCUGCACAGUGCUCAGCUACGAGGCUGAGCGCAUCUUCAAGUGGCUCUUUAUCAAGUUAACCUCAAGCGGCCGUGACGAGGUUAAGUUGUUGUACCUGGUGGCAGCACAGCAUGCUUUGGAGGCUGCUGGAGAGAGGAAGGCCUUCUCUCAUGUCAUGCAGCUGGUGAUGAGCAACCUGCAGUCCAUCCUGGAAAAUGUGGACACACCAGAGCUGCUUUGUCAAAGUGUAAAGUGUAUUCUUCAGGUGGCUCGCUGCUACCCCCAUGUCUUCAGCACCAACUUCAGGGACACAGUGGACAUCUUGGUGGGCUGGCAUAUUGACCACACACAGAGGCAGGCACUCACUCAGCAAGUCUCAGGCUGGUUACAAAGUCUGGAGCAAUUCUGGGUGGCAGACUUGACCUUUUCCACCACCUUGCUGGGACAGUUCUUGGAGGACAUGGAGGCAUAUGCAGAGGAUUUGAGCCAUGUGGUGUCAGGCGAGGUACUGGAUGAAGACAUCCCCCCUCCCUCAGUGUCUCUACCUAAGCUGGCAGCACUACUCAGGGUUUUCAGCACAGUGGUCCGCAGCAUCGGAGAGCGAUUCAGCACCUUCCGAGGUCCACCCAUCACUGAAGUCUACGUCACAGAUGUUCUGAAUCGGGUUCUGGCCUGCGUGACCAUGGCUAAGCAGGUGCAAUUCUCUGAGGCAGUUCUCACAGCAGGAAACGAAUGUGUGGGUGUGCUGCUGGCCAGUGUGGAACCCUGUGGUCAGCUGAUGGAGGCAGUCCUAACUUAUGGGCUAGACCAGCUGGACUGCUGCCAUGCCUGUGGAACAGACUAUAGUCUGGCUGUGCUUAGCCUUCUCACUCUGAUUGUGGACCAAAUCAACACUAAGUUGCCUGUGUUCUUUGUUGAGAAGUUGUUGGCACCUGACUCCCAUUUGCUGAAUCUGCGCUUUCACCAAGAGAAAGAGGUGAUGUCAGCUGUUCAUGGUGUGUACCAGGUACUGCUUGGCCUGAAAAACAUUCCAACACUGGAGGCAGCUUAUAAAAUGGUAUUGGGUGAGAUGGCAUGUGCCCUAUCCAACCUGAUGGUAAGCCUGGGACCCACUGGUUGGGACCAGGUGCAAGAUAACCCAUGUCCCACCAUCCAGCACCCCGCUUUUGCUUCCCUCGCCCUACCGCUGGAAAAGGCAGAGUUCUCCCUCAUCUUCAACCUCAGCACCCUCACCACCAUUGGCAACACCAAGAACUCGCUCAUUGGGAUGUGGGCUUUGUCCCCUACUGUCUUCGCUCUUCUCAGUCACAAUCUGAUGCUGGUUCACUCUGAGUUAGCUGUCUACUACCCUGCAAUCCAGUAUGCUGUACUCUACACCCUCUUCUCCCACUGCACAAGACACGACCAUUUCAUCUCAUCCAGCCUGUCAUCAUCUUCUCCCUCCCUGUUCGAUGGCGCCGUCAUCAGUACCGUGACAACAGCGACUAAGAAACAUUUCAGCACACUGCUAACCCUUCUGGGAGGUCUACUGUCAAAGGAGCACCUCUACCACGAGGCCAGGAGGCUACUACUGACCUGGGCUCAGGAAAUCUCUGUGCUGAUGAAGAAGUCAGACACUAACAGCCCCCUUUUCUCCCUGCCCUCCUUCAACAAGUUCUGCAGGGGCCUACUGGCUAACGCUCUUAAUGAAGACCAAAGUAUUUGCCUUCAGACCUGCCACAGUUUACAGGUCCUUUCUUCGUCUCUAUCCACUGAGAUGCUGCAGAGAUGUGUGGAUGUGUGCAGAGUGCAGUUGGUCCACUCAGCUGUUAGGGUGAGGCAGGCCUAUGGAAAGCUGCUCAGGACAAUCCCCCUUGAUGUAGCUCUUAGUAACCACAGCCAAUCUGAGAUGAGGGAAAUUUCACUGGCAAUCCGCCAGCACAUGAGCCAAGCCCCAAGCAGCACCUUCCACCCCCAGGACUUCAGCGACCUCAUCAGCUUCAUCUUAUAUGGAGUUCUGCACCGUGGAGGGAAAGAUCCCUGGAUGGAACGUCUAUACUACAGCUGUCAACGGCUUGAGAAACGGGAUGCCAGAGGAGGUGUGAAUGGCAGUAGGCCAGGUGUACUGCCACGGGCACUGCUGAAAUCUGAGGUGGUGCUGUGGCAAUGGGCAGUGUGGGAGGCUGCGCAGUUCACUGUACUUUCUAAACUUCGAACGCCGCUGGGCCGAGCUCAGGACACUUUUCAGACCAUUGAAGGUAUGAUCCGGAGCCUGGCUGCCCACAGUCUGAACCCAGAGCAGGACAUUGGAGCAUGGGCUGCUGCCGGAAGUGAUGGCGAUGGUCACCACUCCAAUCAGUUACGCCUCGCUUUGCUGCUUCAGUACCUGGAGAACCUGGAGAAGCUAAUGUACAAUGCUUAUGAGGGCUGUGCCAAUGCUCUCACGGCCCCACCAAAGGGUAUUAGGACAUUCUUCUACACCAACCGUCAGACCUGCCAAGAUUGGCUGACAAGGAUUCGCUUGGCACUGAUGAGGGUUGGUCUCCUGUCUGGUCAACCGGCAGUUACCAUUCGUCAUGGCUUUGACCUGCUUACAGAGAUCAAAAACAGUAGCACCCAGGGUCCAGAGGUGGAGAUUCCUCUGACAUUAUUGGUGGAGGCUCUGUGUGAGUUGCGAUGUCCUGAGGCCAUCCAGGGCCUGGCAGCCUGGAGCCUCUUCACCAAUGGCAGGAGUCUGAGUUGGCUAUCGUCAGUCGCUCUGCAGGCUGAGGGACGAUUUGAGAAGGCAGCUCUGGAGUAUCAGGAUCAGCUUUCGGCGGCUACAGGGAUGGACUGCAGCAUAAAAAGCUCUGAAUGCUGCCUGCUCAAACUUUCCAGCGACACAAGCAGCCCCAAGCACAGCAGCAAUGGUGACAGCAGGAAGACUGUAUUGCUGAAAUCCAGUGAGUGUUCUCCUGAGGUGAUCAACUUCCUGGCCAACAAAAUGUGUCAGUGUUAUGUGGCUCUCAGUGAUUGGACCUCGGUUAAGGAGUGGCAGGCCACUGUCAAUGCCCUCAAACAGAACUCCACCAACCCCAUCAGCAUCAACCUUAGGACAGAUUUCAACUACAUUCAGGCUCUGUGCCGCUUUGAGGAGGGAGAUCUGGCGCAGUGUGGGGCUCAAUUGGAGCUGCUGCCUGGAGAGGACUACAGUUCACUCGGCAACAAGGAUAAGCUGGAUUUGAAGAGGCUUCUGCCCUCCAUGAGUCCAGAUCCAACUGAGCUGCAGAGAGCAAUUGAGGUGCAGCUUCUUCGAAGUGCUGUAAGUGCCAUGUCAAAAGCCAAUCAACAGCAGGAGCAGAGAACAACAGCCAGUCCAGACACAUUGGUGCGCUGCCUGAAACAGACCGGACGAAUCUGCUUGGGUCCUCUUCGCCUGUCCACCCUCACUCUGUCUGAUGCCCUGCCUACGCUACCCACCCUACAACUGCACUGCACUGCCACCCUGGAGAACACCCUCACUGGACAAGAAGACUGUGUAAUUCCUCUAUGCAGUGAGGUUCUGAGCUCCUGUAAGCAACAGGACAUCCAGCCUUUCCUUCAGGCCCUCCGAUACACCACGUUCCAGAGACAACUCCUCCAGAAACUCAAAGGUUACUCUUCCUCUAUAGAUGGCCACCUUGUGGAGCUUUGGCUGACAGCUGUAAAAUUUGCCCGGAAGAAAGGUAACAUUUCCCUGGCGUCCCGUCUGCUGAGCCAGUGCGCUGGUGGAACACGAGAGGAGAAGCCACAGGAUGAAUUGAGCCAGACCUUCAGGCGCCUUACUCUUGAGGGCACUCUAGGAGAAAAAUGGGGAGCAGAGCUGCAGAUUGAAAAAGCCAAAGUCCUGAGAACUGCAGGACAGUCCAUGACAGCCAUGGAGAUGCUGAGCGGGGCUGCUCUGUCCUACUGUCAUGUAGAGAAGAAUGAAGGUGCUGCGUGCCGCUCACUACUGACACUCUGCAAAUGGCUGUUGGCCGACUGGAAGGACAUGACACCUCAGCUUAAACAGGUGGUAAAGAAGUCAGGAACAGUAAACUCAUCCAAUGCUGUCAGCAGCAUGUCACUUCUGAGCCGGAAUAUCUCUGCUCUGCUUGAACUUCCCCUCGAGGACCAAGGCAUUCCCCACAUCAUCACUGAGACCUCAGUGAGUGUGGGUGUUGGUGAGGCAGACUUUGUGUUGGGCCAACUCUACCAGCUCUCUACCAGCCUGGCUCCAGAGGUGGCCAAGUCCUGGGCAGCCCUGGCUAGCUGGGCUUACCGUUGGGGCAGGAAGGUGGUGGAUAAUGCCAGCCAAGGGGAAGGAUUGCCUCUCUUAUCAGAGGAAAAGAAGGAGGUAGAAGAGCUGCUACCAGAAACCACUAGCGAAGAAGACAAGGAAACCAUCUUUGGUAUUCUGGGACAGGCUAUGUGUCGUCCUACAGGCAUACAGGACGAGGACAUGGCUCUACAGCAGGAGGACAAUGAGGACGACAUGGUAGAUGUAAUCUGGCGGCAGCUGACUGCUUCAUGUCCCUGGCUUGGGGAGGUGGGCCAACCUGUCACAGAUGGUCUGAUCCGUGUUUGGAGACGGGUUGUGGACCGCAUCUUUGGCCUGUAUCGGGUCUCCUGCCAAGCCUAUUUCACCUUCCUGAAGCUGAAUGCUGGACAGAUCCAUAUAGAUGAGGAUAACCCUAAACUCCUGCUGUCCUAUCACAACAGCAAACAGAGCAAUGACGAUGUGAUUGUCAUGGCAACCCUGCGUCUCCUUCGUCUGCUGGUGAAACAUGCUGGUGAACUGAGGGAAGGGCUUGAGCUUGGCUUGGCCUCUACCCCUACAGCUCCCUGGAGGGGUAUCAUCCCCCAGCUGUUUUCCCGUCUCAACCAUCCAGAGACAUACAUCCGACAGAGUAUUUGCAGCCUGCUAUGUCGAGUGGCCAAGGACUCCCCACAUCUUAUCCUCUACCCAGCUAUUGUGGGCUCACUAUCCCUCGGAGGCGAGGGUCAGAGUGCAGGGAGCAAAUUACCAUCAGCGCUGCCGACUUUCCUGGGAAGCAUGCCGGGAGAGGGCCUGGGUGGUGAGGAGGAGGAGCAGCCAGAGGGUGUUGGACAAGGGGGAGAUCCAGACGAGCUGGCGACCUUUUGCUCCAGUCAAGAUCAAGCCAUGAUGCAAGACUGUUACAGCAAGAUCGUGGAAAAGCUGUCCUUUGCCAACCCUACCAUGGUGCUUCAGGUCCAGCAGCUGGUGGCUGAACUGCGGAGAGUUACGUUACUGUGGGAUGAAUUGUGGCUGGGUGUGUUACAACAGCAACACAUGCAUGUCCUGCGCAGAAUCCAACAGCUGGAGGAUGAGGUCAAGAGGGUGCAGAACAACAACACACUACGCAGGGAUGAAAAGAUUGCCAUUAUGCGUGAGAAGCACUCUGCUCUGAUGCGUCCCGUGGUUUUUGCCCUGGAUCACGUCUGCAGCAUAACAGCAGCUCCAGCCGAGACACCACAUGAGACCUGGUUCCAGCAGACUUACGGUGAUGCCAUCACUUCUGCCCUGGAGCGCCUGAGAAACCCUGCCAACCCUGCAAACCCUGCCAGCAGCUGGAUUCCCUUCAAACAGAUCAUGAUGAGCCUCCAGCAGCGUGCUCAGAAGAGAUCCAGUUAUCUGCUUCAUCUGGAUGAGAUCAGUCCUCGCCUGUUGUCUAUGACCACAACAGAGAUGGCGCUGCCGGGCGAGGUGUCUGCAUCAGAUGCUGUCACCAUACAGAGCGUAGGCAACACCAUUACCAUCCUGCCCACCAAGACAAAGCCAAAAAAACUCUACUUCCUUGGAUCAGAUGGAAACAACUACCCUUACCUUUUUAAAGGAUUGGAGGAUUUGCAUUUGGAUGAGCGCAUCAUGCAGUUCUUGUCGAUUGUCAACACAAUGUUCACCAAGAUCAACCAGCAGGAGCAGCCGCACUUCCAUGCCUGCCACUACUCCGUCACCCCCCUUGGAACCCGAUCAGGACUAAUCCAGUGGGUGGAUGGAGCCACACCACUCUUUGGCCUCUACAAGCGCUGGCAGCAGAGGGAGGCCGUGCUGCAAGCUCAGAAGACCCAUGACUCAUUUCAGCAGCAGCCAGUGCCUCCGGUUCCCCGCCCCAGUGAGCUGUACUACAGCCGCAUUGGGCCAGCACUGAAGGCAGUGGGGCUCAGUCUAGAUGUGACACGACGAGAAUGGCCUCUUAGCGUCAUGAAGGAGGUGCUGAAAGAGUUAAUGGAGGCCACACCCUCAAACUUGCUGGCCAAGGAGUUGUGGUGUUCUUGCACCACACCCAGUGAGUGGUGGAGGGUCACUCAGUCCUACGCCAGAUCUACUGCUGUCAUGUCAAUGGUAGGAUACAUCAUUGGCCUGGGGGACCGUCACCUUGACAAUGUGUUGAUUGACAUGACCACUGGAGAGGUGGUCCACAUUGACUACAAUGUAUGCUUUGAAAAAGGAAAGAGCCUGCGGGUGCCAGAGAAGGUCCCAUUUCGGAUGACCCACAACAUUGAGACUGCCUUGGGAGUCACUGGGGUGGAGGGUAUCUUCAGGCUGUCCUGUGAACAGGUAGUUCAAAUGAUGCGUCGUGGCAGAGAGACCCUACUGACACUGCUGGAGGCCUUCGUCUAUGAUCCUCUUGUUGACUGGACUGCUGGGGGUGAAGUAGGCUUUGCUGGUGCAGUUUAUGGAGGAGGAGGACAACAGGCUGACAGCAAGCAAAGCAAGAGGGAGAUGGAGCGAGACAUCACACGCUCUCUUUUCUCCUCCAGGGUGGCUGAGAUUAAGGUCAACUGGUUUAAGAAUCGAGACGAGAUGCUGGCAGUGCUGCCACAAGUGGAAGAAGCUGUGGAGGAGUAUUUGGUCCUGCAGGACUUACUCUGCCAGGGUGAAAAACUACAAACUAAACUGCGGGAGGAGAUUGCCUUCCUUGAGGGAGCAGAGAACCAUCCGGACCAUCUCAUCCUCACCCUGGAGAAAAGAUAUUCUGAACACAAUCAGCUGCAGUCACGGCAGCGGACUGUGCAGGAGGCCAUUCAGAGCAAGCUGGCAGACCUGGACCAGUGGAUCUCACAGUACCAAGCAGCAUUCAACAACCUAGAGGCCACCCAACUAGCCAGCCUGCUGCAGGACAUCAGCAAUCCCAUAGAUCUCGGUCCUCCUAGCUAUGUGCCAGCUACAGCCUUCCUACAGAAUGCAGGCCAGGCCCACCUGAUCAGCCAGUGUGAGAGCCUUGAGGCAGAGUUGAGCUCCUUCCUGCAGCAACGCCGUGUGGCACUUCGUGGCUGUCUGGAGCAGCUGCACAGCUAUGCUACAGUGGCUUUGUUGUACCCACGGGCUACCCUUUUGCGCCAUCGGGUCCAUCAGUGGAAGACCUGGUUAGAGGAGCUACUAAGAGACAUGACAGUGGAGGACUGCCAACACGUAUAUAGACAAUAUGAGGUGUUGUUUGCUCCUCAGCCUCCUGCAGCCUCCUGCCAGUUUCUGUCCAAUGUAGAGUUGACUUUGCAGCACCAAGUGGCUGACACCAAUGAAUGUGUGAUACACCAAGCAGAGCAACUGAAGGCUGAUGGGACAACUGCAGCAGACUGUGAGGAGCAGCUACAGGAAAUUGAACACUGUAUCACAGUCUUCCUUCUGGAGAAUGGAGAGCCAGGUUCCCUCAGCUUGGCUGGAAUCAUCACCUCUGCCCUCUGUACACUCUGCAGGCGGAACCUGGUGAUGGAGGGAGCAGCAGCCAGUGCUGGAGAGCAGCUGAUAGACUUGACAUCUCGGGAUGGGGCAUGGUUUUUGGAGGAGCUCUGCAGUAUGAUUGGAAAUGUCAGUGCCCUAAUAACACUGCUACAGCGCUGCCCACUCCUGCCCCAUGACCUGGAACUGCCUGCACCUUCAGCUACCACGCAGGCUGUGUACCUGGCCAACUCUGUGUACACCUGCUUACAGGAACUGAACACCAACUUCCAUCAGAUUAUCUUUCCAGAGGCUCUGCACUGUAUGAUCAAAGGGGAGCCCACUCUGGAGUCCAUGUUGGCAGAACUGGAGCAACUGGUUGAGCAGAGCUCUGAUGGUCUUGGCCUGCAGGGUUUGGCAGACAGUCUUCAGGCCACCACAAGCAUCGGCCAUGAUGGGCACAACCACUGCUUCCACAUCUCCAGAAUGUUGCGUGCUCAGUACUCUGAGCUGAUUCAGCCUCGUAGUAUGGAUGGAGCAGGCCAGGAGACACCAAAGAUGUCAGCGGGUCAAAUGUUGUUGGUGGCCUUUGAUGGCAUGUUCACCCAGCUAGAGACUGCCUUUGGACAACUCACAGAGAAGCUGAGUUCUUUUGAAGUUCCGUCAGCUUGGAGGAAGGUGGAUGUUCUGAGGGAGGCUCGUACCACACAGCUCCAAUUCUUUGAUAGCCUGAAUCAGCGGCAGCUGAUGGAAGAGAUGUUCUUCCUCAAGAGACUACAAACCAUCAUGGAUUUCUUCAGGCUGUGUUCCUCCUUUGCUCAGACUCUGUCUGGUACAUGUCCCUCAGCUGAGGACCUUUUGCCUACAAAUGGACCAGUUGGUUUGGGUAAUCAACUUUACCAGCUGCUCGGUUCAAGAGGGUCAGGUUUGGCAGUGAUGAGUGAGGAACAGAUGACCCGCCCCAUCAAAGCCUUCACAGCGGAGUUUGUUCGGCAUAUGCUCAUGGGUCUGCCCAGUCAAGCCCUCGGUCUGGCCCUGUGUAGCACUGUGUCUGCCCUCGGCCUAGACGUUGUCACUCAGGUGGAGGCAAAAGACUUUGGCACAGAGAACAUGGUGUCUCUAGAUGAGCUGUGUAAGAAGGCAGUGGAGCAGAACCUAUCCUCAGGCCGAGUCUCCCAGCUGCUGCUGAACAGAUCCACAGUACUGGCCUCCUCCUACGACACAGCUUGGAAAAAAGUGGACCUGCUGAGGAGAUUAGAUGCUAACCUGGAGGCCGCCAAGGCCAGCCUGCAGAGGAGCCAGCUGCACAUUGCCAUGUUCCAGUGGCAGCAUGAAGAUGUUCUGAGCCCCAAUAAUCAGCCAAUUAGUGUCAGCAUUCCUCCCCGUUCUAUCAUCCUCAGCAAUAUGAAGAAGAAGCUGUACAAGCUCAGUCAGGACGAGGGAGCAACCCUCACCAUUCAGGACAAGCUGGCAUCUCUGGAGGCUAGCAUUGAGCAGCGUCUGAAAUGGGCUGGUGGAGCCAACCCAGCAUUAGCCCCUGUUCUGCAGGACUUUGAGAUGACCAUCCGGGAGAAACGUGGCAUUGUUGCCAGAGAGAACCAGCGCACCAGCCAGGUCACCUUCCUGUGCUCUACCAUCCUGAACUUUGAAGGCCUUAGGAUUCGAUCUCCCGAGGCCCUAAACAUGGAUGCAGCGCUGUUUGAGCUGCUGAAGCGCUGCCAACAAACCUGCUCCUAUGCUGCUCAGUUUAGCAAUGCAGUGUCUCCUCUAGAGCUCCAUCUGCUACACAGACUGAAUCCACCGCUGGACCUGCCCAUAGGCAGUUCUGAUUGGCUGAGCUGUGCCCAGAGGCAGCUGGAGGAGGAGCUGAGCGUUCAGCAGAGAACUCAAGAGGAGCGAGACCAGCAGCUAGAGUCCUGUGGAGAUGCACUGCAGCUCCUGAUUGACUCCAUUAAAACCAUUCUGUCCAACCACAACCGCCAACUAGCUGAUGUCAAACACCUGUUGAGAGCCAUGGCUAAGGAUGAAGAGGCAGCAUUGGCAGAAGGGGAAGAGGUGACAUAUGAGGGAAGUGUGCGUCACUUCCUUUUAGAGUACAAAGCGUGGCAGGACAACAUCCAGCUGGUUUUAUUCACAGUGGUCCAGGCCAGUGGGCAGCCUCGCAACCAGGAGCAGCUUGAACUGCUGGAGGAGAUCCCUGCUACCCUGAAGGAACUGCACUCCCAGAGCCAGAGUGUGUAUAACGGCUUGGUGGGCUUUGCUUCCCCACUGGUGACGGAUAGAGACAGUGAAUGUGCCAGUCCUGUUUCUGCAGCACAGACGAGCUUUGCAGCAGCUGUUAGGUGCAGUGUGGUGAAGACCCAGCCAGACUCAAUGUCCCAGAAUGCACGUAAGGGUCUGCCACGCAACCUUGGAACCCCCACUGACACCCCACCCAGCACUCUGCUAAUGAACUGCAAAGGCCUCAAUCCCAGCCCCAAGAGAGCUGUACGAGACCCGAAAACAGGACGAGCUGUCCAGGAGAGGAACUCUUAUGCAGUCAGUGUGUGGAAGAGAGUGAAAGCCAAGCUGGAAGGCAGAGACAUCGAUCCCAACAGGAGGAUGAGCGCCACAGAGCAGGUGGACUUUAUCAUCAGAGAAGCCACAAACAUGGACAACCUGGCUCAGCUGUAUGAGGGCUGGACUGCUUGGGUGUGAACGCUGCACUGCUUCAUGUCUUUGGUCCAGCGAAGGCUUGGAGAUCCACCAGAGUCCAGCGGGUCUAGGGUGUUGGAACAGCAGCACCGGGCCACACGGGGGAGGAAAUGGGAAGUGGAUGAUUAGUCUGCCCUCCCAAACUCCUGGGCACCCUAACUGGGGAAGCGACCUCGUAGCACUGCUGCAACCACACUCCCCCAACCAUCGGCGAUCGGGCUACCACAAUGCUUAGUGGGCCUGCAGCCCCACCUUCCUUUCUGGGGUUUGACAGAGCAAAGCAGUGCUGAAUGGGGGAGGGGGGAAGGAGGGAAAAGGCCUCCUUACCCUCGACCUGGAGAUACCUUCCCCCCUCACCUGCAUAGCUCACUAUCAAGUUGUACCCAUAAACAUCACUACAUCCUGUGGAGCCAAUCAAACACCAACUGAUGGCAGGAUGAAGCAGGAAGUGAGUUGUUUCCCUCUGAAGCACACAGCUGAUGCGCUGUGGGUGGGACUUUACCGGGACUAAAGCUCAGAUGGAUGGGGCAUUUGAUUUUCUCGUAUCUUUUCAUCAAUGGCAGUGGGAUUCUGAUUGGUCAGUGGGUGAUACAGAACGGUAUAAAUUAUGAGAAUGUAGGUUGAACAGCAUCCCCAAGGCUACAUGGGAACCCACCUGAAAUCAGCAGAAAUUUAAGUAGAAAACAAUAAUCAAACCAUACUUUGAUUGAACAGUGAAGACUUUGACACAUCUCUGAAUGUCACUGAUUUAAAGAUGAACUGGAAUUGUUUUCUCAGGAGAAUUAUUUGAACUAUGGGUGAAAGAGAGCAUCCUGUCAUUUGAAAUGUUUCUGGAUGACUCAUCUGAGUCUGGAAGGGACACGUAAAAGGUGAAGGACCUUGAUCUGACACUUUUUCAGUAUGCAUCUUUGGUCUUUUGUAACUAUCUUCAGUCAUCUUUAGACCUAUAGUAGACUCUGGCCGUUGCUGACCUCAUGUAUUCACUCCCCACCCCUCAUGCUUGCGUUUUUAGUAACUUUCUAAUUUUACAUUUUUAGUGGGAGAAAUUAUGUUUUUGGUGAUGGUACAAAUUGUUAAUUCUUAAAGCUUUUAGUCAAUUUUGUUGGAUGCCAAAUAAACAUGGAACUGAGAA